UCUAUGUCGAGCUGGGUACUGUUUGUUCUUGAUUGUGUUUCUAUGGCACAAAGAGCUCUCUAAUGCCAACUGGGCUGCCUGUCUCUUUAAGUAUUUAAAGGGUGUUAGAAGCGAGGGGAGUUGCUGUAAAACAAGCUGGGGAAAGAGAGAGAGAGAAAUUAAAAAGCAAGAGGAGAACUGGAGCUGCCUGAGUAGGUCUGAUAGGCUCCCCAGCUGAGAGUAAGUGGGUUACGUAGGCAAUAAGCUCUGCUCAACUUCAGCACCUACGGAAAGAUCUGUUCUGGAGGCAGCAGGGAAAAAGCAAGUUCUCGUAAGUGGAGAAGGAAACAGAUCUCUGCCUUCCCAGGGUGUAUCUAGCUCCUGUUGGCUGGGGAACUCUUAAUCAGAUUGGCACCCACGAUGGACUGCUGUAAUGAAGGGGCUUGCACCAAGCUGGAUGAAGACAUCAUGGAUAUUCCCUUGGAUGACCCCAGUGCCAAUGCGGCUGCCGCCAAGAUCCAGGCCAGUUUCCGUGGCCAUAUGACUAGGAAGAAGAUCAAAGGGGGAGAGCGCAAAAGCAAGGACCCCGAGUGCACGAGCAGCACUCGUGCGGGGGACCUACGCAAUGGAGAUUAAGUGUGGCUAAGAAGAAAUGGAACGGCACAGAAGCAUCCAAGCUGGUUUCCCAUUGGUCCUCUCAACAGCACCCUUUCACUUCCAGAAGAACAAUCACCACCCCAUUGAGUCUGAUCACAGAAGAGAUGCAAUGCUCUCCUGGACCGCCUUUAUUUUUAGAGCCGCUAUCCCUAUUCUUUCUGUUAAAAAACAAAAAUCAUAUUGGCACUCCUUGCUUCCUCCUUUGCACGCUGUCUCUAACCCCUCCCUGUGUACAUAUCAGUUGUUCUUCAGUUCCCCCCAAAUUAUAUACACAUAUAUCACACCCACACCUGUGCGAUAUAGAACGGAGCUUUCUUUUGCAGCGCUCAUAACCUGUAAGCUUGCCUCUCCACUUCUCAGUUUUGGGGGGCCUCCAGGCAUUUGCUACUCAGUCCUGCAUUCUAAGCAGUCUGAGCUGAGGCAAAGAGGCUAUUCUUCUUAUAGCUCGGCCUUUAAGCCUUUUCCAUCACUGGCCAGAGUCUGGAGACAAGGCAGUGGAGCUGCGAGUGGUAUGAUAGAACGGCUUGCUCUACAGCACAC